UCUCUCUCUCCCUCACUCACUCCCACACACACAUAUUUUUCUCUCGAAUUAUUGUUCUCUUGCAAUGGAUUAUGAGGAAGUAGCCCGUCGUCAGGAGCAAACUUACCAACCAGACCCAUCCGGAACUCGUCUCAUUCCCGUUGAAGUAGGAGAGGAGCACCACCACGACAAGAAGCCAGUGUUGAAGAAGGUGAAGGACAAGGUGAAGAAGAUUAAGGACACUUUAAACAUAAAGAAGCAUGGCCAUGGUGAUGAGCAUGACCGCGACGACGAUCAUGACACCAGUGAUGAAGAAAAAGAAGAAGGUUACGAAGAGAAUGAUGAAGAGAAUGUACAGGAUCCUGAGGUCAUCCAUGGCGCUCCCAUACUGUAUGACACUCCGGCGGCUCAAGAGUUUAUUGGUGGCGAAGAGAGCAAAGAGGCACCACAGGAGGCCAAUUUGGGAAGCAUAAACCCAACGUUUCAAGAGGACCCUGCUGCUCCAAAGACUGAAACACUCGGCGCGAGCGACCACGACCGUGCAACCCAACCCCCACCAACCAGAGGUGGCGAGGAGAUAGAGACGUCGCCGGUAAUCCAGUCCUUCGAAGCCAUGAACAUCUCCGACCAGCCCCACGUCCAGAAAGAAGAAGAGGUUAAAGAAACCACUCCUCCGACCGGGACCCACGACCAGUUCUCUCCGGCGGCGGCGCCCACCCCAGAAGAAGACAAGCUCCAAGGCACUGAAGAACCCAAGGGGCCGAGCUACACCGAGAAGCUCUCCACCACCGCAGCCGCGGCCAAGUCCGCCGCCGUGUCCGCGGCGGCGGGGUCCACCGAGUACGGCAAGAAGAUCGCGUCGACCGUCUACGAGAAGGUGGCGGAGGCCGGGACGGCUGUGAAGGGAAAGGUGCAGCAGAAGCCAAGCGGGACCACGGGGACGGAGGGCGGGGAUCCGACGGCGGCGCAGGACAAAGGCAUGGGGGUGUCGGUGAGGGAGUACCUGGCGGAGAAGCUGAGGCCGGGGGAGGAGGACAAGGCGCUGAGCGAGGUGAUAUCGGGGGUGUUUCACAAGAGGGAGGAGGAGGCGGAGGGGGGACCGGAGGUGACAGGAUCCGGCGCGAGGGGCGGGGGUGCGGGUGUGGUGGAGAAGAUUCGCGGAGCGGUUACGUCUUUGGUCGGGGGUGGCGGGGGUUCUCGUGCUUCGCCGGUGAGCGAGAGCACUCAAACAAAAGGGGAAGGGGAGCAGAAAGAAACUCAUAAGGACGCAGGAGGUCAAACGCAGGAAGAGCAGGAUCUCAAAUAAGAAGACCCUUUGUAGAGUUGUUGCAUGUCACAUUAUUUAGAGUGUGGCAGAAUAUUGGAGUGGCUUAUGAUAAUAAUUCUUGUCUGUUAAUUUAGUAGGCAUUGUAUAUGUUCUAUGCUUGUGUGUGCUUGUAAAUAUGACUAAGGAAACGGAAAUGGGUCAUAUGUUGCA